ACUGAGCCACGCUGCUUCUCGAGGUCAGAGGUAGGACGUGGGCCAGGGGUCGACGGCGGGACAGGCGAGAACGGGGCAGACAUCCGGUGACCGGCGCGAUAGCCGUUUGGACGGAGAGGAGAGGGCGGAUCUCGGCGAUAUUGUGAAGGUCUUCAAGAGGAAGCCUGGAGAUGCCAUCCCGGGAGCCCGGGAGCCUCUCCCGGGCCUCCUGGCCAGCGCCGGCUCCUCCCAUGCUGGUGGCCGCGGCUCAGCGGGCCCUGGGCUCCAAGAAGAAGAGAGGCUUGGCUCCCUCGGCCUGCCUGCACUUGGCCGCAGAGCUGCUGGCUGUGGCCGUGAGCCUGAAGCCGGCGGUGCUGUACGAUCUCAACGCCGCAGGGGCCACCCAAAUCCAGAACUACGUCGGGGCCCUGCAGGGGCUGGGCUUCCUGCCCCCGGGGCUGCACAUCCUGGAAGUCGCGGGGUCCGUCCUGGUCCUCAGUCUGGAGGGGACCCGCCGGCACCUGGAGCGGGUGUUGGGUGGGCGCAGCCCCACGGCCUUGGUUGACGUGUCCGCUACCUUGGCCUGCCCUGCCCUCUGCCCUCAGGACCGUCUUGGGGAAAUCCAGAGGCUCGUGACUGAGCUCCUGAGCCACCUGAAGGGGCAGGAGAGGGUCCCCCCCAUGCCCGUCUCCCACAGUGAACUCCCCUCUGCAGACUGGAACCUGUGCACGAUGUUUGGGGUGCUCCUGGGGUACCCCAUCCCCUACGUCUUCUCUGCGGAAGAAGGCUACGACCACUGCCUCUCUCUGACCCCGCUCCGGGUGUUCACCGCCCAGGCCUCCUGCUGCCGGAUUGGGGGCUCCCCCAGGGUCAAGCUCUAUUCCUUCAGCGUCCCCGAGAGCCUGUACCCCAUCCUCAAGGAGCGGCUAGAUGCCUGGGAGCAAAAGCUGAAGGCCCAAGCCCAGGACCAGACCGAUUUUGCCAAUCUCAGCAUUUCCACCGAAGUGGUCACGUUGGCAGCCGUGGCUCUCUGACUCCGGCUCCUCUUCUGCCCUUCGUCUGAGCAGUCCUAUGGGGCGGGGGGGAAGGCGGUGUUUGAGGGGGAAGCACCGGGCAUGAACACCAAGAGGGUUGGAGAUGAGAAACAGGUGGCUUCCCUCUCUCCAGGUUACGACCAGAAUUUUGCCAGGGCUGGCUUUCGUUCAGCUGAGAAGCGCGUGGAAGAAAGUAAACGGACAAGGUGUUUCACCUCGGGCAGGAGCCUUGACCCUUCUCCCGGUUCAUAUCCAGCCAGUAGAAUCAUAGAUUCCUAGCUGUCCAUGCCUCUGAGUCUCCUGCAGUGCCAAGCCUGUGAAAAAAAUCACUGCUGUUCCAGCUGGUCAAUAAUAAACCAAAAGUGUUGAAGUUCA